AUGGUCCAAUGUGUGGGCGCCGUGGUGGUAUUCUUCGCCGCACGACUGUGCCAUGCAGCAUUUGUCACUUCCAUCGAUGUUUGGUACGCAUCUCCUGCUAACCGGGUGAAGUACUAUAAAGCCUUCCGGGAGAAGUAUCAGAGGACAGGCAAGGCCGACUACUCGACUCUCAUGAAAGUCCAUCCAGAGACCAUUUCUGAGACAUUUGGGGAUGAGUCUACAUCUGAGGGCCAGAUGGUCAAAGCCUUGGUGCUGCCCAGCACAGUGGUUAUGGCGAUCGGGGGGAUCAUGAUGCGCUGCGGCGGCUCCGACAUGUGGGUUGUAAGUGGCGCAUCGGGCGGGAACGUUGCAAUCCGUGAGGGGAAGGCAGUCUCCAACAUCGAGUUGCUUUACCAGAUGAAUUGGGUGGCCCUCCACAUGCUGGGUUUCUUCUGUUUCUUGGGGCCUGCGGUAUUCAUUGAGUUGCCCAUAGCAAUCAUGGAGCUUGCCCAAGGGGACGGCAUCCAACAGUCCUGGGAAGGCGAAGCCUGUAUUCAAAACGCGCGCAUGGUGCUUGCGGCGAUGCGAGUCCUAUGCGCAGUUCUUUUGCUUUUUGCGGCGCCUUUUUUGGCCAAGACCAAAACUCGAAACCCGAACACCUUGUCUGCCCUCAAGUGGCGCGCAGAGUUCACAGUCGGCGAGUUUGGCGCCACCCAGAUGUACUUCAAUGCCCUUAGUGUGUGGCUGCAGCCCGGGGUGGGGCCUUACAGCUGGGUAGACGUCGUUUUUCUUUCCCUCUUCGCUUUGGAGGCAUUUCGGAUCUUCUUCGUGCAUGCCCUGUGGACCCUCAUCCUCAUGUCGCGGUGGAAUUCUAUCGAUUGGAAGUCUGAGAUCAGGCAUCGAGUGGCUGCACAUGGCCCAGUAAUGCGCGGCCUGCGCGAGGCCACUGGCAAUGAGCUUACUUUUACUCACGCUGUGCAGGCUGGAGUUCCUGACUACAGCGAGGUAGUUGUCUCUGCAGCAACAUACUUGCCAGCCAGCCUUGUGGCAUCCGGCAACAAGUACCCACGCCUGAAGCUACUGCUUCUAAAGCCGCAGAGCUAUGCAAACUUUCGAGCGAUGGACUUCCAAGAGCUCUCUGAUGAGGACCUGUCCACUUGGCAUAUGGACCUCUCACGGAUUCUCUCAGUUCUGCCAUCAUCGGAUACGCUUUUCUUCCCUUCCGGCGCAUACAAGAUGAACAUGAACGAGCCGAAAGUCCUUUUGUCCAUGGACGAAUAUGAAUCGGACCUAGAGCACAUAGGAGUGUCCCCGAACCACAUGCCUGCGGUAGACUCACAGGACGACAUCGCGCUGGACGUCAGUGCAAUGGUCUUGUCAGAUCUCCGGGCCGCAUUUUUAUCUAAUACCUCCUUUGCGGAGAGCAUCCGUCAGGGUAUGCCCAUGGCGGUAAGCCUCUACAAGCUCUUUGGUGACAUUGGUCUUCAAAUCCAGGCAGCCAUCGAUGCCCAGCAAAAGGGCUUGCAGCACUUUGACAGCGAUGAGGAGGCAGCAUGGUCUGAGGCAGAGUCCGACGAAGACGAGCCGCUGGUCCGAACAGAUUUACCCAUGGCCUUUGAAAUCCAGAUCCGCGGUUUUACGUGUUCCAGAAAAGCAGCCACUGCCUUCGAGUUGGCAGUUCCUGCCUCGCAUGGAGCCAAUGUCCAGAGGAUAAGCGCCGAAGUCGUCCCGAACCAGGCUGCAGUGCCCGGUGGAGAGGACCAUGUUGGCAUGGACAUCACAGAGAAAGUUCUUGCAGAUCCGCGGGGGGCCUUUCUGGCCGGCCAGUCCUUAGAAUCAGCCCUGCAGGAACCCGACAAGGCUGUCGGCUUGUAUGCGCUGAUGAGCGAGAUGUGCCAGGAGACGGCAGAGGCAAAUCCCCAGAAGACGGAGACACAGGUUCUGGAGGGCUCCGCGAAAUUGCCUUUGUUGGUGGAUAUUCCGACUCUUGGCUUUGAGUUUCAGAUUCGCGGCAUCAAGAAACCCAAGCCCACUAUUGUCAUGCGUAUUCCAAAAGAGCAAGCGAUACCAAAGGCGUGGGGCACACUUCCCAAGGCCACAGCAAUGCCCGACUCCACCAAGUGA